AAAGUUGCUUUUCUAGGACAUAGGCCUGUAUUAAAGAAAAUAAAAUGUUCCCUUCGAUCGAACUAGAUUUAGGUACCAGCCAGGCGAGUGAGGUCUAUGACUUUUGUGGACAUAGAGCAUGGAUACCUAUCGAAUGAAAUAUAUUGUGGGGAUCCUUAGUUGGACAGGUGUUCUGAUGGGAGGAGCCACUGCGUUCCUGUUUACCGGCAGUUCCGAUUGCGCCUGCCCGGCACAUUUUGACGGAAGCACACGCGGGUUUGCUGAGAAAACGUAUUCCCGACUUAGGCCUGAUGAGAAUGUUGUGAACCCAGGCCGAGGGUUCUACAAAUCGGUUGAGGCUCACAGCUCCAGAUUUGAUCCAAUCACGAGUUCGUCAUUGGGCACACACAAUAACGUAGUAUUCCGGCACUACUACCUUAACACCUACUUGGACCAAGACCUCCCCACUACCUUCACGGAAAAGAUCAAGGCCGAUCUUAAGGUCAUUCAAGGUAAAGGGUGGACGGUACUUCUCAGAUUCUCCUAUUCGGAAUGCUGUGAACAUCCACCCUACCCCGGCCCUAGCUACUCGCGCAUGCUCUCUCACAUCAAGAAGUUGGACAAUGAACACGUGUUCCGGGACUAUGAAGGAAUCAUUGUGGCGAUCCAAGCGGGGUUCAUAGGCGCCUGGGGCGAGUGGCACUACACGACCAACGAGUUCGGGAUUCCAGGAAGUUGUACCAGUACCAGUGCCAAACUCGGCCUCAAUGACAACCAGUGGGCGAACCGGCAGGGAAUUAUUCAAGCGCUCCUCGAUGCGGCGCCACCUUCAAUAGAGAUUUUGAUUCGAAUUCCGGCCUUCAAGUUCCAUUACUACGGCAGGGGCGUUACAACUUUCUCAGAUGAGCAAAAUCAUACCAACAAAUCACGAAUAGGAUUUCAUAACGAUGCCUUUCUCUCGGACUUGGGCGAGAAUCAAGGCACGUUCAUAUGUCCCGACGAUCGGUCGUACAUGGUCAACGAGAGCCUUUAUAAUUACGUCACUGGCGAAACUAACACCAACCAGACACCCACAGCAUGGACUUGCACAAAUGCGAAAAAGGAGCUUUCUCUAUUCCACUACUCGAGUCUGAAUACGGACUAUCUGCCGCAGAUAAUUGCUUCGUGGAAAGAUAAUGGCUGCUAUGACGUCAUAUCCGCUCACCUUGGAUACAGACUGUACUUGACGAAGGCUAUUAUACCCUCGUCAGUGGCAGCGGGUGGGGAGUUCUGUUACCAUAUCGAGAUAAACAACGAAGGCUACGCCGCGCCGAAUAAGGAAAUGGAGGCGCAUAUAGUUCUGGAGAACACCGGAAAUCACGCCCUCAUCUCUGUGAUGGUACCAGGAGUGGAUGUGCGGAAAUGGUUACCUAACAAAACGCAAACUCUACAUGGAACCGCGGUCGUGCCGCCAAUUGGGCAUUACAAGGUACAUUUUGUUCUCCUUAACAAAGUGCUUGGAAAGAACUCCAAGUAUUUUGUUCUUAUGGCAAAUGGAAAUGGCGUCCAAAACAAUGCAACGCGUAUGAACAGCCUCGGGCUUAACGUUGACGUCAUAUCCGGUCAAUGCAACAGCCAAACAGCAGCACCCGCGUUUCAGCCAUGGCAACAAACUGGACAUGGUUGCGCGUACAAGAUUGCAGACGGUUCGUUUGAAGGCCACGGCUGGUCCCCGUACAAAACUGGAUAUGUGACGAAAAACGAUGGCGCCCAGAACGGGAACCAUUACAUCUCGGUAACCAACGGCGGGGCUUAUCAGGACAUAGUGUUCAACGGAUCUUCCGUGACCUCGUUCGAGCUGAGCGGAUGGAGUCGCGCGCAUUCAGCCUCGGUUUCGAAUCCCGCCGACUACUCGAUUUACUGUGACUUGACAUACGCAGACGGCACGGCGGGGUACGGAAAUACCGCGAAUUAUGACGUCAAACAUACCACGUGGUACAAAGUUGUGCUCAGUGUUCACACAAAACAGGCGAUUCAUAGCGCCAGAUGUUACGCCAUGUUUCGUUACGGCCACGGGACAGCCGAUUUCGAUAAUUUCCGGUUGGAAACCUGUGCAUAAUGAACGAUGGACCAGUCAUGCGGUCGAAUUUGAUAUGUCGAAAUCAAUUUAAUGCUUUCUUUGUAUAGAAAUUUUGAUAAUUAUUUGACAAGAAUAUGAGCCUUCAAUGUUUUGACAAUAAUAAGAUAGAUCUAUGUGUUGAUGACCCAAUGAAUACUAGUAAAAUUUGACCGUACGAAA